AUGGCUGAAUACUUUCCGGACAACCGUUUAGCGAAGCAUAAUCCCCAGAGCACUCCUUUGUGGACCCUUUUGUCUCGCCUUGAAGAAACUGCCGGAAAUCUGACGAAGGCUCGUUCUAUUCUUGAGAAGGGGCGUUCGAAGAACCCUACAGAUGCCAACUUAUGGUUGGAAUCCAUCAGACUGGAGAUGCGAGCAAAUCUAAAACCGGUGGCGGAAUCCCUACUGUCCAAAGCUCUCCAACAGUGUCCCAACGCCGGUUGCCUUUGGGCUGAGGCCAUCUUCAUGGCCCCGAGGCCACAACGCAAAAUAAAGUCGGUGGACGCCUUGAAGAAGUGUGAACACGACCCCAUCGUCCUCUUGGCUGUCGCAAAGAUGUUUUGGGCUGAGAGACUUACCUCCAAGGCUCGCAGUUGGUUCACACGGACGGUCAAGUUGGAAUCAGGCUUGGGAGAUGCGUGGGCCUACCUCUAUAAAUUUGAGCUCAGCCACGGCACUGAGGCAAGUCUCCUGAGCAGAAUGGACCAGCAACAAGACGUACUGAAGCGUUGCAUCGCGGCCGAGCCUCGCCAUGGCGAGUACUGGUGUCGGUCAAGCAAGGAUGUUCGCAACUGGCGUCUGAAGAUUGGAGAAUUGUUGCCCCUCGUCGCUGACCUUGUACCACUCCCAACUUAA